GCCACCGCCACCAGCCGUUGUCGAAGAAGAAGUCGGUCGCCUGCCGCCGCCGCCGCCGUCACCAUCGGUAGCCUAGAGUUAAGUUGGAUGGAGAUUUCGGGUACAUGUUACUUAGGCCGAGGGCAUUUAUGUCCUUUUGAAAUUUCUAUCUCCUCUUUUUCACUGAAAAUGAUAAAAUAUUGUCUCAGAUUUACUAUAGCUAAUUACACAAAUUUUGUGGUGCCUAUUAGUAGUGUCGCGUUUUUUGAGUGUCUUCUAGCUAAUUACAUAGCUUAGCUUUUAGAUGUCCGUGGCAAAUUUUGCCUGAUGCUUCUUUUUUUUUUUUACUAAUUAGUUUCUUUAUCUUCCUAAGUUCCAAGCUGGGCCUUAAUUUUCAUUGCACAUGGCAUCUGCUUUCCAUUCUCAAACUGCAAAGCGACGCGACGCGGCACGACACCAAAAAUAAGUAGAAGCGUACUCCAUACUCUGCACUCAACCAUGGCGGAGGCGGCCACCGGUGCAACUGACACGUCACUGCCGCCGCCGCCGCCGCACGUCGUCCUGAUGGCCAGCCCCGGCGCCGGCCACCUCAUCCCGCUGGCCGAGUUGGCGAGGCGGCUCGUGUCCGACCACGGCUUCGCGGUCACCGUCGUCACGAUCGCCAGCCUCUCCGACCCGGCCACCGACGCCGCCGUGCUCUCCUCGCUGCCGGCCUCCGUGGCCACCGCCGUGCUCCCGCCCGUCGCCCUCGACGACCUCCCGGCGGACAUCGGCUUCGGCUCCGUGAUGUUCGAGCUCGUCCGCCGCUCCGUCCCGCACCUCCGCCCGCUCGUCGUCGGCUCCCCCGCCGCCGCGAUCGUGUGCGACUUCUUCGGCACGCCGGCCCUGGCGCUCGCCGCUGAGCUCGGCGUGCCCGGGUACGUGUUCUUCCCGACCAGCAUCAGCUUCAUCUCCGUCGUGCGCAGCGUCGUGGAGCUCCACGACGGCGCCGCCGCCGGCGAGUACCGUGACCUCCCGGACCCGCUCGUGCUCCCCGGAUGCGCGCCGCUCCGCCACGGCGACAUCCCCGACGGGUUCCGGGAUUCUGCCGAUCCGGUCUACGCCUACGUGCUCGAGGAGGGGCGGCGAUACGGCGGCGCCGACGGCUUCUUGGUGAACAGUUUCCCGGAGAUGGAGCCGGGCGCCGCGGAAGCGUUCAGGCGAGACGGGGAGAACGGCGCGUUCCCGCCGGUGUACCUCGUCGGGCCGUUCGUCCGGCCAAGGUCCGACGAGGACGCCGACGAGUCGGCGUGCUUGGAGUGGCUGGACCGCCAGCCGGCGGGGUCGGUGGUGUACGUCUCCUUCGGCUCCGGCGGCGCGCUGUCCGUGGAGCAGACGCGCGAGCUCGCCGCCGGGCUGGAGAUGAGCGGCCACAGGUUCCUCUGGGUGGUGCGCAUGCCAAGAAAGGGCGGGCUCCUUUCCUCCAUGGGCGCCAGCUACGGCAACCCGAUGGACUUCCUCCCCGAGGGCUUCGUGGAGAGGACGAACGGGCGGGGCCUCGCCGUGGCGUCGUGGGCGCCGCAGGUGCGCGUGCUGGCGCACCCGGCGACGGCGGCGUUCGUGUCGCACUGCGGGUGGAACUCGGCGCUGGAGAGCGUGUCCUCCGGCGUGCCGAUGAUCGCGUGGCCGCUGCACGCCGAGCAGAAGAUGAACGCGGCCAUCCUGACGGAGGUAGCCGGGGUGGCGCUACCGCUAAGUCCGGUGGCGCCCGGCGGCGUGGUGUCGCGGGAGGAGGUGGCGGCGGCGGUGAAGGAGCUCAUGGAUCCAGGGGAGAAGGGGAGCGCCGCGCGUCGCCGGGCGAGGGAGCUGCAGGCGGCGGCGGCGGCGAGGGCGUGGUCGCCGGACGGGGCGUCGCGCCGCGCGCUCGAGGAGGUGGCCGGCAAGUGGAAGAACGCCGUGCAUGAGGAUCGUUGAGUCAGUCUUAGCCGGUGUCACUUUCGUUCGGUGAAAUUUGGUCAAAAACUUGAAAGGUGAUCACUCACUUUCGGAAUUCGGAUGUCAGCUGAGCCUUUCUUUCUAAAAGACAUGUCAGAUGCUUCAUUUAUUUUGGAAGAAGAUUGAUCCCAACACUAAAUAAAGAAUUUGAAGCUAUUGUUGUGUGAAGACUUAUAAUUCGUGGUUCUAAUCCUAAUCUAUGGACCAACUUGCGGCA